UUCGUUGGAACAUCAACUUUCUUAGGAUCCCUGAAUGUCCCCCCAACGCCUUUGACUCCACAUGAAUCUCUUCGCAUUGCCCCCGGAGCUGCUCGAGGCGAUCCUGGCACGGGUCGCCUCCCGUGCUUCUCUCGCCAGCCUUGCGCGGGUCUGUCAGCAGCUUCGGCCGGUUGUCGAGCGCAUCCUGUACCAGUCUGUGUACUUGCGCAACCACGAUGGGAAAAAGUUCGCAUACGCUCUUGACUGUCUGUCAGCUCGUGCUGAGUAUGUCCAGGAGCUCCUAGUCCACUACCACUAUGUCGAGGUCCCAGAUGAGGAGGACUAUUACCCGUGUUAUGCGGAAAGCCUCGCCCCCACAAUCAGCCGCCUCGUAAAAUUGAGAUCACUGGUCGUCAAGGGCCUCGAAUACGAUGCUGAGCGAGAGGAUGACGAUGAAUACCUGGGUGGAUAUGAGAGAGUCAUCGAAGAGACCAAGAAGUGGAAUGAUCUUUUUGCCCAGUCCGCUAUGCCAGGUUCACAGAUCCUUCAGUCACUUACAAAAUGUCAGCUAAAUAUGGAUGAUGUUGACCGCUCGGAACCGCUUUGGGAUUUUCGCCUGCGAGGGACCGUGAUGAUCCAUCCGUACAUGAAAGAUUUGACCAUUUUGGGGGCCAAUGUUUCGGGUCUGGAGGACUCUCUCAUGGCGUCAACUCGAUCAACGUCACUCGAAAGAUUAAGCCUGUUCUGUUGUGAUGCGGCACCUAGAGGGAUCCAGGACCUAUUGUCCCUGCCGCGUGCUUUGAAACAUUUCACUUAUAAAGGGGCUCCUUGGACGCACAGGCCAUACAAUCUUAUGGAGGACAGGCAGAAAUGCAUUGACACCGUGAAAGUGCAGGCUGACUCACUUAAUACUCUAGACAUGGACUUUUAUCCGGGUAACUGGGAUAAUCCAGCGCUAGACUUUCGCGAUUUUUCCUGCCUGGAACAGCUUACCGUUGACCCACGCGCCCUGAGAGGAGACGGAAAGUUUGACCCAAAAGACAACAACGAAGUCUGCCUCUGGAAAAGCCCUGAGCUAAAAUGCCAGCUUCCUCUGGGCCUCAAACGUCUGGUAUUCUUUGAAUAUCACGAACAAAGCACACCAGACCUGUAUACUUUACUCCUAGUCUACAACUGGGUCUCGCGAGGGAGCUUGCCAAAUCUGGAAACCAUCACUGUCCAGUCAGCCAAAUCAUCCAAGAACGCGAUACUAAACAGCCCGUUCGGAGAUAACAGCGGACGGUCGGUGUUUCAAGCGUUGCAGGAAGUCGGAGUGCAAUUGCGGGUUGAGCGUGUGCUUGACAGUACCGAGGCUGGUUAUCAACUAUUUGACUGUGAUCGUUGUGGGGUGUGUUGGCGAAUUCGUGGAAUCCAUUUUCUUUGAGUAUCCUUUAACUCGUUCGGAAGAGUUCAACGGACAUACAAAUUGAAUAAACUUUUCGAGCACCGGGUUUGGGGCGCUGUUAAUGCAUGUCAGAGCGCGUAAAUUGAGGGAUCAUGAAGCAUAUAAUGAAAUCAUGCAGAAGUCCAACUG